AGAAAAAAAAAUCAUCAGUAUUGCAAAGAGUUUCCGUAGUUGCACACCCACCUCAAAAGCCCCCUCUCGCCACAGGAAGCAUGCUGACCAUUGGAGGAUAAAAGGGACUUGUGAGAAGCUGUUUCUUCACCCUCUACCUGCACAGCUCAGCACACCUCAGUCAUGAGGCUUCUCAUCCUGGCUGUCCUCGCCAUCUGCUGCCUUGCUGCGUGCGUUGUGGAAGGUGUGGGGAGUGAAGUCCCAGACAGGAGCGUCUGUGUGAGUCUACAUACCCGGUCACUGCCAGUCCAGAAAAUCAAGUCCUAUACCAUCAAGGAGGGCUCCAUGAAAGCAGUGAUUUUUAUUACCAAACGUGGCCUGAAAAUCUGUGCUGACCCACAAGCCGAGUGGGUGAAAACAGCAGUUAGAAGUCUGGACAAGAAGUCCACAACCAGAAAAAACAUGGUCCAGACCACGCCUAUGGGAGCCCAACAAUCCACCAACACUGCUGCGACCCUGACCGGGUAGUGACCUUCUGGCAUCUUGACCCUCUUGCCAGCCAGCCAGCUCCUUUCCCUUUACCAGCCCAUGGACUAAUUAGAUUAUAUUCACCUUUUAAGAAAGUGUUGCAUGAAUCAAAAAAUUGUUUUUGUAUUUUAUUUUUUAUGUCUUUCACAUUCAUUUAGAUGCUCUAAUUAAUAAAUAUUUAUUAUU